UCCUUGUUAUUUGUACAUAUCCCCAUGACUGUCUACAAUAUUCGCGCCGGACGUUCCGCUUCACAACCGUGGCACCGAAAUCGUGGAGUGUACGAGUCAUUCCGACCAUCAUUUCCGCUGUUCAUUUUGCUGGCAAGCUCAGUGUGUUGGGUAUUUCUAUCCCCGUCUGACGUGUUGAGUCGCCAGCCCCGAUUGUUCAUGUACUGUUAUGCAACUGUGGCAUCUAACGUGUGCUGCAAACUUAUUCUAGCCCAGUUGUGCAAAUCUCGAGCACCGGUUUUCAAUCAACUGGUCAUAAUCUACUCAGUUUUCGUAUUCUGGUGGUGUACAGCCAUUCCAUUGGAUUGGAGCACACAAUACGAAGUAGCAUUUCUCUGUGCCCUGUCCAGUUUUGUCACGGCGGUUCACAUUUACGAGGCGUAUAGCAUUGUGUCUGAAAAUUGA